AUGGACAGAGAAGAGGUUGUUGAACAUGUCUCUGAAGACGAGACCAUGCACAGCUCGGACGAGAGACCUGAGAAGUUGUCAAAAAAAGAACUCGAUAAGAUUCAGAAAGCAGAGCGAAAGGCCCAGCGCGAGCAGGAUCGUGCCCUGAUCCAGCAGCAGAAGGAGAACUUUGAGAGCGACAUGGUGGAGAUGGACAAAGCCAAGCUCGUGGACACUUCGAACCGAAUCUCCUACCUCCUUGGCCAAACAGAGCUGUUCAAACAUUUUAUUGAUUUGAAGAAGGCCAAGGAUCCCGAGUUUGCAAAGUUGUUAAAGGAACGCGGCGAGGAUGUGAAGGAGAAAGUCAAGGCGCCCAGGGGCUCUCGCAUCGGUCGCAAAACGGAAAAGGAGGAAGAUCAGGAGCUGUUGAACGACGAAGAGAACGAGAACGAUGACAGUUCUUUCGUGUUUACUGAAUCCCCUGCAUAUAUUAAGAACGGAGUUUUACGUGAUUAUCAAAUCCAAGGACUUAAUUGGAUGGUAUCAUUGUACAAGAACGGCAUCAACGGAAUUUUGGCGGACGAGAUGGGCUUGGGAAAGACUUUGCAGACGAUCUCAUUCCUAGGCUAUUUAAAGCACAUCCAAGGUGUUUCAGGCCCCCAUCUUGUCAUUGUACCAAAGUCAACCCUUCACAACUGGGAGAACGAGUUCCACAAAUGGCUCCCGGAUUUGAAUGUUUUUAUGCUCCAUGCUAACAAGGAAGAGCGCGCGGCAAUGAUUCAAUCGCGUCUUUUGACUCAGAAGUUCGACGUGUGCUUGACUUCGUACGACAUCUGUCUGCUGGAGAAGACUCACCUCAAGAAGUUUGCCUGGCAGUACAUUGUUAUUGACGAGGCUCAUCGUAUCAAAAACGAAAACUCCCAGCUUUCACAGAUCAUCCGCACCUUUAACUCCAAGAACCGACUCUUGAUCACAGGAACGCCCCUUCAGAACAAUCUGCAUGAACUCUGGGCUCUUCUUAAUUUCUUGCUACCGGAUGUUUUCAGCUCCUCAGAGGACUUUGAUGCGUGGUUCGAGAAUCAGGGCGGAGAUCAGGACAAGGUUGUUCAACAGCUACACAAGGUGCUACGCCCUUUCUUGUUGCGUCGCAUCAAGUCAGACGUGGAGAAGAGUUUACUGCCCAAGAAGGAGAUCAACCUGUAUGUUGGGUUGACGCCCAUGCAACGCAAGUGGUACCAGCGCAUUCUAGAGAAGGAUAUCGAUGCUGUCAAUGGAGCGGGCGCCAACAAGCGUGAGGGAAAGACCAGGCUGUUGAACAUUGUGAUGCAGCUCCGUAAAUGUUGUAAUCACCCCUACUUGUUCGAUGGUGCAGAACCUGGCCCACCUUACACUACCGACCAACACAUUAUCGACAAUGCAGGAAAAAUGGUCGUUUUGGACAAGCUGCUGAAGCGCAUGAAGGAGCAGGGAUCGCGUGUGCUGUUGUUCAGUCAAAUGAGUCGUGUUCUCGACAUCCUGGAGGAUUAUUGUGUUUUCCGUGGAUAUGAGUACUGCCGUAUCGAUGGCCAAACUAACCACGAAGAUCGAGUGAGCGCGAUUGAUGAAUAUAACAAACCUGAUAGCUCAAAGUUCAUCUUCUUGCUCACAACCAGAGCCGGAGGUCUUGGUAUCAAUCUGGUCACGGCUGAUAUCGUUGUCCUGUAUGACAGCGAUUGGAACCCUCAGGUGGAUCUUCAGGCACAGGAUCGAGCGCAUCGUAUCGGUCAAAAGAAGCAGGUCUACGUCUUCAGAUUCGUGACAGAGAAUGGGAUUGAGGAAAAGGUCUUGGAGCGUGCGGCACAAAAGCUGCGUUUGGAUCAGCUAGUCAUUCAACAAGGACGGAUGGCACAGCAACAAAAGAUCGCUAGCAAAGACGAACUAUUGACGAUGAUCCAACAUGGUGCAGCAGACGUGUUUAAAGCAGCUUCAGACAACUUCUCAUACGAUCCUGAUAUCGAGCAAAUCCUUCGUCGUGGAGAAGAAAAGACGGCGGAGCUCAACCAAAAGUACUCCAAUGUCGGAAUUGAAGAUUUGGCAAAGUUUACCAACGCCGAAGGAAGCGCAUAUGACUGGCAAGGAGAGGACUGGAGCAACAAGAGAAAGGCCGACGGCAGUCUUCUCUGGAUUACGCCUGCAAAGAGAGAGCGCAAGGCCAACUAUGCGGUCGAUGACUAUUACAGAGAUGCUUUGCGUGUUGCACCAAAGGCGCCAACGAACAGGGCACCACGCCCUCCAAAAACACUCAAUAUCCAGGAUUUCCAGUUCUAUCCACAGCGUCUUCAUGAGCUCCAGGAGAAGGAAGUCUUGUUUUAUCGCAAAUCGAUUGGCUAUCGUGUACCAAAGGCUGUCGGCGCUGAGGCGGCUAAUAUGACCGAACAGGAGCUCGAGGAGCAACAACAUCGUGAGCAGGCGUUGAUCGACACCGCAGAGCCUUUGACAGACGAGGAAGUGGCCGAUAAGGAAGAACUCUUGCAAGAAGGAUUUGAGAACUGGAGCAAGCGCGAUUUUAUUUCAUUCUACAAGGCCUGCGAGAAGUUUGGACGCAGCAAUUUGUCGGAGAUUGCUAAUGAGAUUGAAGGGAAGACGCCUGCGGAAGUCAAGGCCUACUCCAAGGUCUUCUGGAAGCGUUACACGGAGAUUGCAGAUCAUGAGCGCAUCAUCGCAGCUAUUGAAAAGGGUGAAAGCAAGCUGCAGCGUCAGUCAGACAUACAAGAUCAACUCAGCGCAGUCAUUCACCGUCAUCGCGUGCCGCUGCAGCAGCUCAAGAUUACUUACAAUCAGACAAAGACCAAGAAUUACACUGAAGAGGAGGAUCGAUUUUUGAUUGUCAUGCUGGAGCGCCUUGGAUACGGUUCUGACGAUGUAUAUGACAGGAUCAGGGAUGAAAUUCGAAAGAGCCCACUCUUCCGUUUUGACUGGUUCUUGAAGAGCCGCACGCCUCUCGAACUUCAGCGGCGAUGUGCUUACUUGAUCAAGUGCCUGAUCUCGGACGACAAGCUGGAUGAGCCUGUCAAGGCUGUGAAGAAGGAAGACACACCGGUGAAGAAGACAAAGGGAGUAGCAACCCCGUCAAGCAGAGCCUCGCCGGCAUCGUCUCUCAAGAACUCGCCAGCGACCUCAAGGAAGGCUUCUCCUGCCGUUUCCAGCAAGGCAUCACCCGCAGCUAGUAAAUCAUCUCCGGCCAGCACGGGCUCACGCUCAAGUAGAAGAAGAUAG